ACUACAGAGGGUUUCUAUAGUGAGGGGGACAUAUUCAUGUUUUGAAGUUCUGCGUAAAAUUGUAAAGUCAGGCCGUUUAAUACAAUGGUCUUAUUCUGAAGCAAUAAGAAAGGAAACAAAAAGAAAAGAAAACAAACAAAGCAGAAAAGAAAAGAGAGAAAACAAGAUAAUAAAAGAACAAAAAAUAAAGACACUAACAAAGAAAACAAAAAUAAAGACCUAGAAAAUGGAAAUAUUUAGCAAAGCAAAAUUCUCGAAUCCGACUGUGAAGUGAAUUAUUUUUUUUAGGAAAAGAAAAUAAGAAAAAGAGAAAAUUAAUUUGAAGAAAAGAACACAUUGUGGCCACCUUUCCCCCCCCCCCUUACGGAGAAUAAUACACUUUAACAAUACAGAGAAAGAAGAAUUUAGAAAGAAUAACAAGAGGGCACGAGGGGCUGAAGUGAACACAGAUUCUUCAAGGAGAAAUUCUUGUUGAAUUUCCUUACCAAGAUGUUGAUUUAUAUCUUCGUCGUUGCAGGUCUUCUGAGCCUCCUCCAAGAACCCGCUUCUGCGUCCACAAGUCACAACAAGAAAAACGGUAUCCUUCGCCACAGCGCCUUCCACAAGGACCUAUUACACGACCCAGGACAAGACUCGGAGCAAAAUGUGUCCUUCGUAGGAUACCCGACGAAGGAACAAUCCUGCAUGCCCGGGGAAUGGAUGUGUCUGGACGGCUCCGCGUGCAUCCCGGAGAACGCCACUUGUUCCGAGGUUCCGGAGUGCCCUGACGAAUCGGACGAGGCAGCUUCGAAGUGCGGAUGCCUCGAGACCGAAUACGAGUGCAAGGACAUCUGCAUUGAUAAGCUGAGCAGGUGCGACAACAUGAAGGACUGUGAGAAUGGCGAAGAUGAGGAAGACUGUGAUACGUGGCCCUGUGGAACGUACCACUUCAAAUGCAACAAUUCCAAGUGCAUUCACAGUGUCGCAGUGUGUGACUUCGUGGACGACUGCGGCGACGGAUCAGAUGAGACCGUGUGUCCCAACCACGAGUGUUUCUACCCCGACUUCCGCUGCAAGAACAGAGAAUGCAUCCGCCCAUUAUUAGUAUGCGAUGGUGUUGAGAACUGCAUUGAUGGCACAGACGAGUCGGAGUGUGAUCCAGACCAUUUCAAAGUGUGCGCAUCAGGCAAGCGCAUUCACAAGUUCUAUUGGUGCGACGCACGCGAAUGUGAGGAUAACCACGCCGAUGAAAUGGACUGCGAAACGUGCAAGGACUCCGAGUUCACUUGCCCAGGCAAUCAGUGCAUCCUGAAAGAGAAGGUGUGUGAUGCGCAAUGUGACUGCCGUGAUUGUGACGACGAGGAGAACUGCGGCGAAAUUUACGUCAGGAAUUCAGGUGUGGUGAAGUGUCUGCAAGGAUCCGCUUAUACCUGCAUCUUGGACCUUGACGAUCGCAAAAAAGACAGGUGUAUUGAAGCGGAGAAGAUUUGCGAUAACGUAAAGCACUGUAUCAGUAGAGAGCUGCUGAGCGGAAAGGUCGUGACUGAGGAAUUCAACUGCUUGUCCUGGAUUAAAUUUAAUUUACCUCUGGACCAGACUUUACUUUUAAGCUCAAAUCUUAAUCCUGCAUAUGCGCAGAACAAGAUAUUUAAUGCCACUUAUCAUGUGUUGAUACGUUAUGACGUCAUCAACUCUAUAGAAAUGACUUCAAAACCAAGUCCGUACUUUUACUUUUACAAUUUACUCUCUCAUAACACCUAUCAAAACCCAUUUCGUUCACAUUUCCCCGACCUUUUCACAGAGGACUAUCCAUGUGCCGAGGGUUAUCGGCGCUGUCAGACAGGACAGUGCCUUCUGGAGGAGCUCUGGUGUGACCAUUUCCCCGACUGUUUCGACCACUCUGAUGAAAAGAGCUGUCAUUGGCGCAACUGCACAGAGGCGGAAUUCGCGUGCGCCGACGGACGCCAGUGCAUUCCGAAAUCGAAGCGCUGCGUCCUGUCUGAUAUUCGGGCGGAAAACUGCGCCGACGAGUCUGAUUUUCUCAGUUGCCGGCAAUCGCCCGAAUGCCCACCGGGGAUGUACCGGUGCUUGUCAGGCGUGUGUUUGAACGCAAGCAAGAAAUGUGACAUCAAAGCCGACUGUCCAGGUUCUUGGGACGACGAAGAAGGCUGCCCGUUUGACUGCUCCUACGGUAACAACUGCAGCUGCGUCCACCUCACAGCCAAUUGUUCUGGUCUCGCCCUGUUUAAGUUUCCGUUAAUAGAACACAACAUUCGUCGCAUAACCUUUGCUGAUAACAACCUUAGUGUGAGUCUACACCAUCCUAUAUUAGGAUAUGAGAGCAUAUCCUACCUAGACCUGACGAGGAACAAGAUCAGGAUCAUCGAGAGUGGGACCUUUAAACACCUGUUGAACCUCCUGAUGCUGAUCUUGAGCCACAAUGACAUCACGACAUUAGCUAAGGGGGCUUUUCAGGGCCUACGGAAUCUCAGAGUGUUAAAUUUGGAAGGAAACCAACUCAAGAUAUUGCACUCAUCGGCUUUCCAUGGACUGAGAGCUCUGCCUACGCUAGACCUGAGUAACCAGAAGUUAGAACACGUAGCCCCGCGUGCCUUUUACGGGCUCAGAAGUCUAACAACGUUAUUGAUCUCGGGGAACCAGCUGAAGUCACUGGAUGAUGCCGUGUUCUCUGGCUUAAAAGAACUGCAGAAAUUGCCCGGCGUAAAUGGAAAAACUUCCUCGCCCUCCACCCUUCCUUCCCCUCCCCCCCCUCACUCCUCCCUUUCUCACUCCCCCCUCCGCUCCCCACUCACCCUUCCCUUCCCUCCCCCCAGAGCCACCGACGACCGCCGCUGGUGCUGUCUCGCGCCCCACGUCGAGGAGUGUCUUCCUGCUGCUGACGAAUUCUCCUCCUGCGAGGACCUCAUGUCGAACCUGGUCCUGCGAGUGUGCAUCUGGAUCCUGGGCUUCGUAGCGCUCGUCGGCAACUCCUUCGUCAUCAUCUGGAGGAGUAUCCAUUCGAGUGGGAAUAAGAUGCACUCCUUCCUCAUCGUGAACCUCGGCCUCGGUGACCUCAUGAUGGGCGUGUACCUCCUGAUCGUGGCCGUGGUUGACCUGCAGUACCGAGGAGUCUACGUCGCCUACGAGCACUCCUGGCGCACGUCCUUCCUCUGUCAGCUGGCCGGGUUCAUCAGCACUUUCUCGUCGGAGCUUUCGGUGUUCACGCUGACGGUGAUCACCGUCGACCGCCUCAUCGUCAUCAAGUUCCCCUUCGGCCUGCGCAGGCUGGAGGGCAGUGUGACCCGGAUGGUGAUGGUCUUCGUGUGGCUGGUGGUGAUCAUGCUGGCCGCCCUUCCUCUCAGCAGUCUCGAGUACUUUGAUAACUUCUACGGCAGGUCUGGGGUCUGCCUCGCCCUCCACAUAACGAACGAGAAGCCAAAUGGGUGGGAAUAUGCUGUCUUUAUCUUCUUGGUCCUCAACCUCCUGUCCUUCGGGGUGAUCGCCGUCAGCUACGCCCUCAUGUACAUCGUGGCCCGAGACACCCACUCGGCUGCCUACGCGAGUCCCGAGGCCCGACUGAGCGACAGCGGCAUGGCCACGCGCAUGACCCUCAUCGUGGCCACCGACGCCGCGUGCUGGCUGCCCAUCAUCUUCCUCGGCAUCGCUUCGCUAUGCGGCAUGGCCAUCCCGCCCAAGGUCUUCUCAUGGAUCGCCGUCUUCGUCCUGCCACUCAACGCCGCCAUUAACCCGAUCCUGUACACGCUCUCGACCACGCCGGUCCGGAAACGCCUACGUCACCUAUUUCGCUCGUUUACAAGUACGUUUUGGGACAGGCGCUCCAAUUCUUCCAGCAGUAUCUCAGGGACACGCUGGUCAUCCUUCAGAAGUAGGCUGGCGACGGACCUGACCGACUUCCCUAACAUGGGUGAGAGUUUCCGCCUCCAGAAUCCACCGGGAGACAGCCUGCAGCAGAACAGUAAGCCUUCCAUCGUGUACAGGCCCACCUUGGCCUUUACGCCCGAGUCAGGCCACUUCAUCAACCAGUGUGAACCCGAUGUCUGUGGGAUAAGCCCCUGCGACAGCCCUACCGACGGCACUGUGGUGGUGAACGGUGGGGAGGACGGGAGGCUCCCUCUGUGCACGCCGCAGGAGGCGCUCGAACCCGGCAGAGACGAGAAGGAAGGCCGGGCGGAGGAGCUCGUGCCUCUGGAGGAGCUCACGGCGUCUCUUCAGGGCGCCAAGAAGUCUUACGGGAAGUUAAACCGGAGAAAAAACCUUUCGAAUCAUAGAUAUGACUGAGUUGCGGCGUUUGAGACUGACGGCGAGCGGUGUAAAAGGAUGUGUUUAUUCAUUAUUACCAUCGUGAUUAACAUUGAUGUUGUUACUGUUCUAUCAUUGUUAGGAUUAAGUAAAACCAUUGUCAUUUUCAUUUACUAAUGUUUGUGAUUUAUAAUUGUGAUUUGUAAUAAUGGUAGUAAUGGUCAUUUUUGCUAUUGUUUUCAUUCAGAAUUUUGGAUUAUUCAUAACAGUAAAUAGAAAAUUAAAACAAUAAUUACAAAGAGUUUUGCAUAUUUCAUUAUCAUCGGUAACAUUUCAGCAUUAUUAUGGUUAUUAUAAUUAUUUUAUAAUCAUUAUUGUUCAUACCAUUAUUGAUAUACUUAUUAUUGUUGUUGUUAAUCAUUACCAUUAUAAUUAGUAUCAGUAUUUUCUAUUUGUAUGUAUAUUUGCCCUUGAUUUUCUAUUCCGUAUUGGUAUUGUAAUUAUCAUUGUCAUUGGCAUCAUCAUUAUCAAUAUCAUCACCGUUAUCAUUAAAACCAUAUUUACACGUUUAUAAGCUGCAUUUUUCCAAAGAAAUUUCCAAGAGCAUUGCUUACAACGCCACAUCAGGGGUCAAACGUGCUAAUAUAAUAAACAUUCUAAAUCUAUGACCACUUUCCGAAGAGUACAGUCUGUUGACCCCGUCUGUGUGCUUUCUUUUAUGAAAUUUCAUGUUUAUAUUACCAUAUAGUACAUGGUAUCAAAUCAUUUAGUCUUUAUGUAUUAAUUUUCCGUCAUAUUAAAAUUUCGUUUUUGUAUGACAAGACAUUGGAAGGUAAAUUGUAUAUUUUUCCAAGUACUGUGACAUGUUUGCGGCUAACAUCUAAGUGGGUCAUGGGAAGCAAGAGGGAGACUUGCAAGUGCUCCAGAUACCUUAUUAUACAUGUGUUAUAUUAAACAAACAAACAAAAUAAAUAAAAUAGAUCGGCAGUGAGGUUAUCACUUCCAAUGAAAAUAUCAGAAUUGCUGCUAUUGUUGUAUAUUAAAUAUUGAUAUUUAUCAAACCUUUCGAAAAUAAGAUUAGCUUGCAUAAUGCAGAUCUGUGACGACGCACAUCAUUGGUAUAUCAGUACUGUUAUGCAGAUAAUAUUAACGUAAUAUGCUAUCCUAUAAAAUACUUUUGUUUAGUUGUAAGGGAAACUUUUCCCCAGAGAAAAAGAUUACACCCAUUAUAAAAAAUCACUAUUUUUUUUAGGAAAAUUAUUUGCAAAAUUUGGACUGAAGACCUUACGUUAAGUUCAACACAAUGAUCAUACUAGUGACAAUUACAUGUGCAAAUACAAUUGUCAACAGGAAAGUAAAACUUCUGAAGGUAUGCCCACACUGAGAAAGAACAUAUAAAUACGAGAUGCUUAUAGGGAUAAGCAUUAUGCUCUUGAUGAGUAGUGAUUCUAGCAUGGAAAGUGGCUUUUAGAAAGGGCAUCAAUUACCUAGAAUAUAAGCAGGUCACAGAGUCUAAUGCUCUUACCUAGGACGGUUUAUAAGCAUGUAAAUAUAGCAGUACCACAAUUCUUACUAUUACUCUUCUUCUUUUUUCUAAUCUCGUGCCAAGGAUCUAGGUUCAUGGCAAGUGCUCAAUAUUGGGUUUGUGACCUAACAUUCCAUACAAUUCCAAAUCUAAUUGUAAUAGACUUAAAUAGUAUACGUUUAAAUGUACUUUGUCUGUGUAUCCAGUUUGUAUCUGGGAGAUGUUGAUAGUAAGUACAAUUGUAUUUGUCUGAUUGGAACGCGAGAGUGAAAAAAGUAUAUAUGUAAAUAACAAAUUGAUAAUAAUAAUGUCGUGUUAAAAUAAGAGGGAAAAUGUGAUACAUGUAUCUGUGACUAAGCGGUUUACAUAACAUCCAUAUCCAGUCAUACAUAUAAAAUAACGUUAUCACUGUCACUUCUGAAUUUCGCUAUUUCAUCUAUCACUUUCGGACCAUGACUGUUUUUCUACCUAAGAUUAGGUGAUUUUGUUUCCCAUGGAAGCUCCCUCAAACUAAAAAUCAAAAAGAAGGUACAAAUAAUAUUUGACUAUACUUAUACUCAAGAGAAGAUUCAGUAUACAUUUUAAUGAGUCUUUUUUUCCCUUAAUGUGUUCACUUGGUCACAUGGUUGUAUCGAUAUACUCGGUAAGUGUUCACAUGUAUUUUUUGUGUAAACUAUUUCUGGAAAUAAAAUGAGGAUGUAG